AUGGACGGCGACAUGUGGAGGCUUUGGUUUACGAAAUUGCUUCUGCUAGUGACACUCCUAUUGGCGAUUACGGCUCAGGCGCGAUCGCAGGAUGCAGCUGCGCCGAACGAGAACAUUAGGGCCUCCAGGAUAGAGAGGGACCUGCAGGAAGUAACCACAGUCCUCCUGGUCUCGGCGCGUCCCGGCCAGGCCGUACCUCCGGUCGGCCUCCUCACGAAAACGGCGCGCACAUUCGUGCAGGAUGGCGCGAGCACCGAAUUCGCUACGCAGAUCCUCGGCACGACUCUCGACAACGGCCGCCUCUACGCGAGAAUCUUGUCGACGUCCAGCAGAGUGUUCUACGACAGGGAACCGACGCCGGCCAGUCCCUACGUCGUUUACCCGUCGAGGGCGCCGGAGGACGACUGGCAGCUCCGAGUGGCCCUCGAGAACGCGGCGCCGAUCAGGGCGAUCGAGGAGAUCGAGGCGCUCGGAAACGACAGCGACGCGGACUCCGCGAGCGAUUCGGCGAAGCGAACGAAGGGGAGCGGCCACGCUUUCAGACUGGACGAACUGUCCCGCGAGAACGACGUGUUCAGCAAGAGGGAGCUGAACAUGCCGGAGCGGUUCAAGCCAGCGAAGGUCCGGCCGACCGACACGCUGCCGACUUACACGGUGAAACAGGAGUACGUGACGAGCAGCUUCGACGCCCUCGACGAGGCCCAGCCGAAGAGCUACCGGCCGCGGCUGCCGAAGAUCUUCAAGUCCCCGUCGAAGGGCCCGGCGCAGAGGAGGCCGGAAGCGAAGCCGCUCGCCACGGUGACGUACCACGGCUUCGCCGAUUUCACCACCACGGUCGGCGAGACCGUGAUCGUCUUCUCGCCGAGCACGUCGCCGGCGCCCGUGGGGCCGCCCGCCACCACGAUCAAGGUCGACGCGACUCUGCGACCGAACGACGGCCCGCCGGUCAUGAGGAUACGACCUACGACGGUGCUGAAGAACGCCAGGACCGAGCAGCCGCACGAGGCCGGCGCGAGCCGCGCCUCCGACGACCAGCUGCUGAGGGCCAUCAAUCACGGGCAGAUCCAAGCGAGCGUGACCGAGGAGGUCGAGCCCGAGUCGUCGACGGUGUCCACGGAACCGCUGCCCGACGUCGAGACGGACUCGCUCAGGCCGACGGGACUCUUGAAGGUGGUCGACUCCACCACCUCGUUGGACGGCACCACGACGCAUUACAAGAGCCUGAUCUACGGCACGUACAUCGGCAAGCAGUACGCGGAGGUGACCGACACGUCCUCGAACGUGUACUUCUUCCCCGACGAAGCGACCGUGAGCUACGGGGCCGACGACACCACGCUGGAGUACGGUACCACCGAGACGGACGAGCCUGAGCAAGGUACCACCGUCGAGAUGUCGCCGUCCACCACGCCCGGCACCACGACCAUCGAGGAGGAGAUGAACGAGCUGACGACUCCGCUGAGAGGCACGACCGACAGCGUGCUGACGACCCUCAAGGACAUCUUGGAGAGCGCGAGGAGGGUGUUGGGCACGACCGAGUCGGUGCUGCCCAUGUUGGACGACGAGAUCCCGAACGACAUCGUGCCGGGGGAUCCGCAGGGGCGCAGUAUCAAGGGCGGCUCGCAGAACGACCUGCAGGCGGACGAGCGCAAACUGCAUGGUUUCGACUCGGGUAACGCGCGGGAGAGGACCACGCUGGCCACCAGACUGUUGCCGUCCACCGUCUACAAGACCUUCACGUACUUCACGACCUUCUUUAUUCCGGACGAGCACGACCGCACGACCACUUCGAUACGCUCCCGCGAGGUGGUCUCCUCCGAGGUGACGUACUUGACGGAACUGAUCCGUCCGAGUGCGAGCGACGGCUCGAUCCGUCCCACCACCUCGGCGCAUACGACGCAGCAGACCCCGGCUUUGCUCGGUGAGGUCGAAGAGGAGCAGACUACGAAGCAGGACGAGGAGAUAGAGCUCAUCUUCAAGACCCUGUACACGACGUACACGUAUCUCACGACGUUCUUCCAAGAGAACACGUCGAGCGUGUCCAGCCGGCAGGUGGUCGAGACCAACGUGAUCACGCAGACCAUCGGGCCGAACGGCGUGUCCGCCGUGGUCGCCGGCCUCUUCGAGAAGGACGACUCCGUCGCGAUAUUACCGACGACGUUGUCGCAGAGCGUACUGCCGUCCGUAACGAACGCACCCGAGGAACACACGACCGAGCCGCAGGUCUACCAAGACGAGACAACGGAGGGAAGUCCGACCACUCUCCAACAGCGGGACACCACCGUGCCGGAGAGCACUCCGACGGAGUCCGUCACCACCGUGGACGACUUCGAGACGUCGGACGGAUGGACCACCGAACUGGAACCCAGCCCCACCCCGGCCAUGGCGACCGAAGCGGUGAAGGAGCAGGUGAAGACCUAUUACACGACGUACACGUACUUCACGACGAUCUUCGUGGACGACGAGACGGAGAUCGAAACGAGGACCGAGGUCUUCACCAACGUCGUCACGGAGACCAUCACGCCCACCGCCGUCUUGCCGGCUCCGCAGGAAACGGUCGGGACGACCACGCCGAAACCCGAGGCCGUCGAGAGCAACAAAGCCGCGGUGCCGCCGGAAAUCUUGGCUUAUCUGGAGGCUCUUCAGCGGCAGAAGUCUCAGGAAGAGGCGCUCCUCUUGGCGAAGAAGGUCCAGGCCGAUCAAGCGACGCGUCCCGACGAGCCCACGACUCCGAUCGAGGGCUCCGACCCGACGACCACGGAGACACCCACCACCUCGGAGGAUCGUUCCACCACCGAGCGUUCGUUCGAUUACCAAGUGGGCGCGCAGGUAACGCCCAACCCUCCGACGGCCGACGUGGAGGUCCUCGGUUCCAUGAUCACGGACGUAGUGUCGUCCUCCAGCUCGGGCGGCGGCACCGUGCUGGACGUGAUGGACAAAAGGAACGCCGUUCCCGAGGACCAAGAAUUGUCGGAGUCGAACAAUCACGAGGUGGAGCCCGCGCCGACGUUGCUGCUGCAGACCAGCUACACGACUUUCACGUACUUCACGACCAUGUAUAAGGGCGAGCAGACGAACGUCGCCAGCCGCUUGGAGACCGUCACGAACGUCGUCACGGAGACCUUGAGGCCGUCCCUGAUGGCCGCGCCGGAGCCGACCAGCACCCUACCGGUCACGUACUUCACGACCUUCACUUACUGGACGACGUUCUACAAGGGUGGCGACACCGUGACCACCAGUCGCGAGGAGACCGUCAGCAACGUCGUCUCGCCUACCCCCACGAUGGAGCUCGGCGUGGCGACGACUUACAAACCGACCGUGAAUUCGCAGGAAGAGCCCAAGGUCACCGCGGACAACGAGGUCACGCCUUUGGGUAGCGGCGCGUCGGAGAAACUCACCGAGGACGCGCCGGGGAUCAUCAGUGCGGACGAGCCGAACAACACCUUGUCGAUCUCGCCCACGACCUUCUACACCACAUUCACCUAUUUCACCACGUCCUACGUCGGCAACGAGACGAUCUUGAACAGCAGGCUGGAGACGGUGACCAGCGUGUCGAUCCCGGCGACGCAGCAGGCGACCGGUCGCGCGAUCGGCGGCUCCGUCUACCCGUCGAUCCAGACGCUGAGUACCGAGCCUGAGAAGCCGAGCGUGACGGCCACAAAGGUGAGCGAGGCGCCGAAGACCGGUCUGAUCUCCACGAUACGCUCGAGCGCGGUGCACGAAGGCACCACGACGCAUUACACGACCGACGUGUACGGCACUUACAUCGACGGGCUGUACGCGCAGGUGGUGGAGAGCUCGACGAGGACGGAGAGGUUGCCCUCCUCCUCGGCGACGCCGGUCUUGCCCACGGGGGUUUUGUCCUUGAACAAGGGCAGCGUCGUGGACGCGGACGAGGUCACCACGGUGUACUUCACGACCAAGCGGAUCGGCACGCUCCUCGACGGGCUCUACGCCAAGGUGAUCGAGAGCACGUCGAGCACCAGGAUAGACGAGGUGAGGAAAGCGAGCAUCCAGCCGACUCAGGGCCACCGCACCGGCCUGGUGCGCCUGAUUCAAGGCCAGAUCGAGGAUGAGGGUACGACGACGUUCUACCAGUCGAAGGUGAUCGGCACGAGCAUCGAGGGACGAUACGCUCAGAUAAUCGAGAGCACUUCCAGCUUCCUGAUUCCGAGUGCCACCAUCGCGCCGACCUCCACUCUACCGCCGAGCCGAGCGACGAGUAUCCCCGCGAUCUCGCCUUCUCCCGCGGUGAUCCAGUCUUCGUUGUCCGAAGAGCCGACGACGGAGUCGGCCGAUCAGGACGAGGAGUCCGGCCAGAACGAGGAGGAGGACGAGGAGGGCGGCGAAGACGAGGACGAUCAGAGCUCGAAGAAGAAGUCGCGUUUGACGUUCUCGACGAGGAAGAGGACCUUCACGCCGGUGAUCAGGCCGUUCGCUUCGAGGAACCGGCCGACCUUCAAUCCCAAGCGCAAAGGCGCACAAGCCGCGACGACCAUCACCCGGUCGGACAUAACGACCACGAUCACCGCUACGUUGGCCGGUAAGGGCAACCGGUUCGCGUCGUCGAGAGGUCGCGUCACCUCGCCGAUCGGCCCGUACUCCUCGACCCUGUCCCCGUCGGGCUCCAGGAGGUUCGCGGGCAGACGGGGAACCGCCACCAGCUCGAGUUCGGCGUUCCCGGCGGGUAGCACCCGGGGCAGAGGACAGCCGAGGAUAACGCCGUCGUCCGUGUUCCAAGGCAACAGACGUGGCCCGACCUCGAUAAGAGGAUCUUCCGCCAGGGUCGCCAGUCGCGCCUCGAGUUCCGCGUUCCCCGGCGCCUCCUCGAGAUACCGGGCCGGCAUCCGAGCGUCGUCCACGUUGCUGAGGGGGCAACCCAGCGCCAGGCACGACGAUCAGGAGAACGACGCGAACGAAUUCACCACGACCACGCUGUUCACCGACGAGACGCUGUUCACGGAGUACUUCGACGGCGAGACCGUGACCGCGCCGUUGCAGACCACCACAGAGUCGUCGAGGAGGUCGACGAAUCCGCUAUUGCGCUUCCGCAGACCCCUCGGCAGAUCGGCCACCACACCGAGACCGCCGGCGACCACGACCCCGAGGCGAUCGGGCAAUCUGAACAGGCCGAGCGCGCCGACGGUUCCCAGGGUGACCAACGGACGAGCGAACAGCAGAGCGACUCCGCCGGUGUCGACGAGGAGCCGGCCGAGCAACACCGGUCUCUUCCCGCCGCGCGGAUUGCUCGGCGGUAGGAAGCAGGAAGAGGAGCUCGACGCCGAGGACGAGGAGGGUUUCGAGGACGAGCCCGUUGAGGAGAUCUCGGAUAACGACUACGAGGGCUCGGAGCACGAGGACAGGCGGUCCUCGAGCGUGAACCGUCGCUCGGGGAAAUCCGUCGAACCCGCGGUGCGGAUCAGACCCUUCGGCGCGAGAACGAGGAGAGUCCGUCGUCAGGCCGGUCAGCUGAAGCACCCCCUGAGCACUCGUUUCCGCAGGCCCUCUCAACCCGCGAAAGCGGAGGACAGAUCGGACGGAUCGGAGGCUGGGACGAAUAAAGAGGACAACGCGAAGCCGGCGAAACCCAUCGCGCGAUACAACAAUCGCGCGCGGAGCCUAACGACGUUGCGGCCGUACCAGAAGACGGGCAACGGCCCGUCGGACCAGUCGUCGGCGGAAACCGCGGAGCUGGGCCAGCAGAGCAAGCCGAGGAGCAGGACGAAGCAGACGUCGAGCAGAAACGUCCGGAUAAAGCCGUCGCCGGCCUCGGGCAGCAGGCAGUUCACGCUGAGAGACAAGGACUCCUCGUUGAACAGAUCGGGCUACAAGAGACCGACUUCGCGAGCGAACAGCCGGCCGAAGCCGACCGAGAGCAGCCGAGUGAGACCGCCGAGGCUGCGUAGCGGGCCGUCCAAGUCGCCGACCGAGUCCCCGGGGAACUCGCGCAGGGUGCCGCCGUCUCGCAGCACCCCGAGGUCGGCGAACAACAACAGGAACCACGGGAGGAGAGUGCCCACGAGGAGCAGGGUCGCUCACGAGGACAUCCGGGAGGCGCCCACCGUGUAUCCGAACUUCGACGGCACCAUCACCGUGACGCACUACGUGCCGACGGAGGUGACGAUCCCCGUGGUGAACAACGGCGUGACGGAGCAACGGAACAUCGUAACCGCCCAGCCCAGCACCGAGGUGCUCGGGCCCAGCCAGUACAGCACGGUGGUAGCCGGCGACGGCAGGCCGCUCGUCGUGAUCGUCACCGAGGUCACCGGUGCGAAUGUCCAAGGGCAGCCGGAGGUGACGCGAUUCCUGCUCCACGAGACAGCGACCACUCGCAUCUCGCACACCCUCACCAGCCUCGGCGGCCGUCGCGUCUCCCAAUCGGUGAUCGUGCCCACCACGGUGUACUCCGUGGAGAACAUCGUUUCGACGGUGCAGCCCUCCCUGCCGGCAAGCAACCCUCCCCUCGCCAAUAUUCUCCUGUCGCAGUUGCUCCUGGGCCAGCUGGGCCAGCCGAAUCCCCUGCUGCAGCCGCAGGCUGCACCCACCACGCGGUACAACACGCGCACCACUUCCUACGUGACGACCAUCACGAAACAGCAGAGCACCGUGAUCCCCCUGACCUUCCGCGGCAAGGAGAUCCUUACGACGCUGGUCGACUCGUCGACCGACGUCGUCACCGCGACGGAAUUCAUCACCGACACCGUGGUGGUGACGCCGACCGCCGCGAUACCAGCGGCGAACCUGAAUUCCCUGCUGUUGCUGCUGCAGCAACCGCAGCAGCCGCAGCUGAACUCGAAUCCGCUCUUGGACCCGCUGUUCGCCGCCGCUCCGUUUACGCAGAGCAACUCUCUGCCGGGGGAGGUCGAGAGGAGGCACCAGCCGGCCGACUCCGACUACAGACGCGACGGCUAUUCCGAGGACGAGGAGGAGGACGAGGAGGCGGCGGAGUACAGGAAGAAGCCGUCGAGAUCGCGCGGCAAGUCGAACGACGCGAAGCCCUCCUUCGCGCCCAAGGCGGAGUCCAGCGUGGUGACGCUUUACGUUUCCGGCCGCCGACCCGGGGAGUUCAGCACCGUCUUGAGCACCGUGAGGGUCGACUCCCCGUCCAGGAGGCGGAGACACGCCCCGGAGGGCGCCGUCGAGGUCCGGCCGUCCGUCCCGCCGUCGUUGCACGCCGGGCCGGCGGCCGUCGCCAUCCUGGCGGGAAGCGAAGACCCUAUUGACGCGCACGCACCAACACAGAGUCUCGAGAGCGUGACUAGCGGACACGUCGCCGUUGCAGGUGAUCUCUACGACGAAUCGGUGCGAUACGGAAGCACGUACGUCGAGAGCGAAAGAGACGGCGGCGUGGACGGCGCGUGGACGUCCGCGAACGAGGACGACGCGAGUGUCGGGAGGCUCGACGCGGAGGACGACGAGCUUCUUACGCCCGGGAAGGAGCCGCGAAAGCGCGUGCGAAUCCGCGUGCCGGUGGUGCGCGGCAGAAGCGCCAGGCAGCACAAGCUGACGGUGGUGAGGCGCCGACCCUUGGCGUCUCGAAGUGGCGAAUCUGCGUCGAACGCACCGCGGCGAGUCGUGGUGACGCGAGUCAGGAGCCUCAGCAAGUCGGCCUAUCCGUUCGACAGGCCGGGCCAGCCCGCCGGCAGGCACAAGGUGACCAUCACCAGGCGCAGGAAACUCCAACCGACGCCGGUAUCGUCGGCAUCCAAGAGCAAGGUCCGAGUCACCCGGAAGAAGCUGGUCGCGGUGCGACCGAUAGAACCGACGCCGACUUUCGCCAUCAUCACCACCGGCUUCUUCACCGUGGCCUCCUCCGAAUACGAGGAGGAAUAUUCGGACGAAGAGGAGACGAGCGAGGAGGAAGACAAGGAGCGAGUCGAGUACAAAGAUCACACCGUCUCGACGCCCGGCCUGGAAGAAAUACCCAAUCUCAUCGACAACAAACCGAACGACGGUCCAGCGUCGUUGGAAGCCAGCUUUGCCGUCUCCGAAGAAAGCACGUCGGACGAGCCGGUGAUCAUCACCGACAACUUCUUCUUCCCGCCGUCCGACGACGAGGAAGACGACGACGAGGAGUACGAAGACGAGGAUUUCGUCGACACAACUACCACGAGCGAGAAUGCCGACGAAGUCGCGGUGGUCUCGGGAGAAGACGAGCAACACGCCACGACCGAGGCGAGUUUCCCUAAUGUGGAAGACAACAUCGUGUCCGGUAAGAGCGACGUUGAAGACGCGCGAAUGGAAGACGUCGGCGACGUAACGACGACGCCGAUGAGCGAGAUCGAGUCGCAGUUACCGACGGAAGAACCAGCCGCGGAAAUGAGCGAGGAAUCCGACGACGCGCUGACGAACACCGUGGUCUCGAUCGACACCGCUUCGGAAGAGGAGACCACCACGGAGAUGCGCACCGAUGUAUCGGACGACGAAGCACCGACCACCACUCUUAUUCCCAUCGAAGAAACGACGGAAGAGCAGACAACCGAAGAGUCGACCACCUUGGCGGAUGAGCCCGUGACGUCGAGCGUGGCCGACGAAUCGACGACGGACCCCCCCGACGAGGAGAACACCACGAUACCUGACACCACGGAGUCGCCCAUCUUUUCCGUAACCGAGGCGACGACGCCCGAGGCGGAGGAGCAAGGUCGAGAGUCGACCGAGGUUCCCGGCGAAAGCCCCGAAGAGAUCCCGACGGUGCGACCCAUCCGACCGAACGUGAAACUCGACUCCAGCUCGACCCAAAUCCCCGAAACCGUCCUCUUAUCGAACGACACGAUCGCGCCGAGCUUCGACAGCGUGAUACCGCUCGAGACCGCGAAACCGGCGAGCCGCGAGCCCGACACGUCCGCUUAUCGGCACGACGACGACUCGAGCGUGCCGAGCGUGAUACCCCUCGGCGCGGGUCGCGACGCUAAACCUGAAAGCACCCCCGCGACGAAAGUCACCAGCAAGAUCGCGUCGCCCACGCCGGAGGAGAUCGAGGCCGGGUUGGCGGACGAUCUCUACCUGUCGCUCUCCCGCCUCGACUUCCCCGAGAUCUUACCGUCCAAGCCAGCCACGGUCGUUUCGGCUACCGAGCGCACCCCGGACCUCGAGCCCAGCACGAGCGUCUAUUACACUGAAACGGUAGUGACGUCGACGCGUUUAAGGACGUACACGUACGUGGUGACGCAACUUAACGGACUGGAGACUAAAGUGACAUCGUCGACGACCGUACGACCGAGAGUGACGACACUUACGCUGACGGUGCCGGUCACGGUGACUGUCACUCCUACCGUGGAGUCGUCAGCCAGCUUCGUAUCGUCUGUGUAUAAUCCAGUACCCGUUGCCGGAGAGUACGAGGCGAAGGAUGAGGAAGAGGGACGCAGAUUCAACUUAGCGACCCGCGUCAUGUCGAAUGGCGUGGAAGUGAUCGUCGCUGGGCCGACUCCGGCUCUACGAUGGGAGAACUCGAAUCCUCAACCUACCCUCACCUUAUCGGACGCGGUGGUUAUGCUACUCCCGCAGGAUAAACCGAACGAGUUUGUCACGAAGACUUGCACAACAACUUUCACGUAUCUCAGCACGAUCACUAAGGAUGGAACGACCACCGUCUCUACGGAGCAACAGGUGGUGGCAAACACAGCGACGGAAGAGCGGCACAGGAAGCCCGGCUCCGAGACGGCGGCCGUGACUCUGGAAGCGUCACCGACUUUGCGCACCGAAGUGUUCAAAACCACCUACACGUAUUUGACUUUGAAUACCGACCACCCGGACGCGGACGACGCGUUAGAAAGUAGCACGAAAGUCAUAACGAACACGGUUACCGCACCGCAGCAUUACCUAGACAUGAUUCUCGAGCCGUCCGAAGCCCCGCGACCGGAAACCAAUACGUACCUCAGCACCAGGGUGUUAGAGAAGACGUUUAUGGAAGAAGGCCGGACAAAAGUAGAAACGAUCAGCGACACGAUUACUCAGCUAAUAGUGACGGAAUCGGCGCCUCCGCCGCGACCAACCAGCGUCACCACCACCUUGACUGCCUUGGACAACACCGAUGGCAGCAUGACGGAUAUCACGAAGACGUAUUACAUCACGUACACGUAUUUCAAUACAUUUUUGGAGAAAGGCAGCACGGUAGUCCGCACGAACGUGGCAACGUCGACCGACGUCGUGCUGGAGAAAGUACCGGUACGGAAAACGACCACGAAGCCCGCGCCGAUCAAUCCCACACCGGAGCCUAUACAGAUCUUCGCUACGAAAACAUAUCUCACCACCUUCACAUACUUCACGACGUUGCUGCAGGCCGGACCGGACGGUGAAACGUCGACGACCGUGACGUCUCGUUCGCACAUCGUCGAGAACGUCGUGACGGAAUCGAUCGCCCCGAGUCUGCUGGACGCCGGCUACAUGAACGCUCUGUUGACGACCGCGCACCACUCUGACCCGGUGAAGAACGUCGUCACGGGCUCGACGAUCAUCUUCUUCGACGAGGAGGACCAGAUCGAUCCGACCACGACCACGAGUGCGCAGGAAGCGACUGCUUUCCCGGAAAUAAAGAAGGACGAGAAGACCUCCGCGAGCACGACAGCUGCGACGGAUCAGUCGUCGGCGAACGGGGCUUCCGGUAUGAAACCGGAUAAUAAUGGUACCGCGUUAUCGGGCGACGAGCCGCAAAACAAACGACCCAGUUCUCAAGCCGGAGGCGAUCUCCAGGUCGGCAAUCUCCUCGGUCUCGGUUCCCUAGGAAUCAACAGUCUGUCCGCCCUGGGACCGGUGAUCACGGCGAUGGCGGGGUUACUGCAAGGAAAGACCGCCUCGGCCGCCACUCGUCGGAACGAUACCGCGUCUCCCGCCGAGACCCAAGAGGUCACCACGCAAAGAUCGCCGAUUUACAUACCGGUCGCGGAAUUCGCCGACGCCGCUCAUCUGGCGAAUCUCAAUCAUAAUUACAUCGCUGAGACGCGUCACAAAGUGACCAGCAGCCUCGCCGACGGCAUACCGAUAUCUCCCGGCGAGGUGAUCACCGCGAACAGCGACGUUAUCAUAGGGAAGCCCGGCAAGAUGGCACCGAGACCACCGCAAACCUACCUGAAAGACGGCAUGAAGCCUCCUCCACUGCCUGUGCCGAAUAUCCCGGUGCAUCCUGUGCUAGAGGUCGUCGAAAAUGAGCGCGAAGACGCGGAGGCUCAGCCGAGCGCGCCAGGCCCGCAAAUACAGAUCUUGCCAGCGCACCAGGUCUACGAGGAACACCUGAAAGUGCCGGUUUCCAUCCCCCUGGAUGCGAGUCAUCCGACAGCGUCUAAGCAACCACAGAAGUUGCACCCUAUUCAGCCGUCACCGCCGCCUAAUAGGACUGGAUCGAAGCAGGAUAUCUUGGCGAACGAUCCCUUGUUGAAACCACCCGACAGACCGAACGUGGAGCAAUACGCAAAUCCCAACCUGAGCCAUAAGAUUCCAGAAUGGAGUCCGGAGAAAUACAGAAGACCCUGGAGCGCCAAAGAUCCCUUAGUACUACCUUCGUCGCCUACGAUAUAUGACGAGAUUCAUCCGGAUAAGCCGGUCGAGAAAUCUCGUCCAACUAUAUUGCCGUCCGAAGAACAGAAACGACCACCAUGGGCGCAGAAAGACCCUCUGCUACCAGAAACCUCUAUCGUCAUUCAAAGCUCCGAGUCAAAACCAAUUCCCACUCGACCGAUAGUUCAUCAAGUCCCGCACGUAAUCGACAGAUCCACAGGGCAACCUCUGUUAGUCAAUAUCCAACCUAGCCAAGUGGCCAAAGUCGUGAUUCCUCAAGGAGGUACACAAGCACUGAUUUUUGGGGACACCAACGAGCCUCAUAUAAGCGGACAAUAUUUCGACGAUCCUUCACCUUAUCCGGAACCUGAAGUUGGACCAGGCUUCGUCGGUGUCCAGAAGGUCCAAGACCUGCCUCAAUACUCAAGCGAGAAAGACCCAGCCGACUACAUGGUCCCUCCCUCGCCACCUCCGUCACCCGUUAACUUUAAGCCCGCUUCGUCGAAACCAAACUUACCCGGCCGUCCACACGCCAUUCCGCUGUCACCCGUACGGUUGGAGUACGGAAAGCCGCAGGAAACGCCAGAAACUCCGUUACUGCGACCCGAUAAAAGACCGUCCGAAGUGCACCUGAUCAAGCGUCCCGACGCAUCCGGAAGUCCCAGCCAAGGUCACGUUCACACCGAAAUUCUCGUGCAUCACAAGCCGGAGAUGAUCAACAUUCGCCCGCAACCCGCCCUGUCUAUUCACCCUCACGUGCAUUCGGUUCACCAGCCGCCGAUGCGCGGUCAUUUCUCGAAAGGUCAGAGCCCGAUGGAACAAGCUCCACCGAGGCGUACGGAAGUCUCUUCGUCGGGCGAAGUCCCGCACAGAUACAUAUUCCUCGGCAAGCCGGAUGCUGGCAACGAGAUAACAUUGGGCGCCAAUUGGAAAUCCGACAAGAAGCCGAUCAGAUUCGCACUGAACAACCGACCGAGGCCGCGACCCGUACUAAGACCAACGUCUGACCGUCCUCUGGACAAACACGUCUUCGUGGAACGGCCCACUGGAUACCCGCCGUUCCGGAAACCAACGUACACCGGGCCACAGCGGCUUCCGGCGCAAAAAGCGCAGAACACUUUCGCCUUGCCAAAUCGUCCACAGCCCCACCAGGAGCCCACCAGGAUACCGCCUAAUCGGUUCACCCUUCAGCUCGACCACGAGGAGAGACCGCCGCAUAUUUACCCGGAGAACGCGAGUAACUUCGCGACGCCGCAUUCACUCACGGAACAGAACAAUCGCGUCCCUCCGACCGGAGCGAUUGAGUAUCACAAUCCUUCGUAUCCAGCGUCGGGAGACACCAAGUAUCCUCAGGUAGGCGCGAAACCGCCGGAAGAUCAACUCGAGAAGUGGCAGACUCAUGCUCAAACGGAGCAGACAUUACCGGAUUCCGCAAUCGACGCCUCGGAAUACGUGAAUUAUCAGAAUCGUUACAAUGAACGAGACAAUAAUAGCCAAGCGAUCGGCGGCCCGGGUAAAAAGGACACGUUGAAUUCACCGUACUCGCACGGCAUCAACCAGAGCCUGAAUUCGCAAACUCCCUAUGGAACGGUGGUCUCCAUCAACGCGGUGGUGGGCAAACCGCUGGAAGUUGAGCAAGAACCAGGCGUGACAUUCGGAUACGAGAUAGACGGCAAACCGAUGUUGCCAGGAUCGCACGGCGCAGAUCCUUACAGCACGAGGCCCUAUGAAUUACCUGUGGUGCAGGGUAAGCCCUUCGGCGUUUACAAUGGAUACGUGCUGGACCCGGCCGCUCCUUACGGCUACAAACAGAAGGAAGGCAAGCCCGAUUACGAGAUAGUUCAUGGCAUACCCGCUCCUCACAACGGGCACGUAGGUUCGACGUUGACUCAGAAGAAACAGGACGGACUAUUCGCGACGGCGAAUUCGCCCGGACGUGACGAUACUAUUGACCUGAAGCCACCCGCGAUUAUACCUCAUUUCGGCGCUGAAGCGGACAGACCGGGUAGACCGUAUCCCAAACCGGUCCGGCCCGACUCCAGGCCCGUUCUGUAUCUGAAACCGGAAAUAUUGACGAAACCGCCGAUAAAGCUGGAAGUUAGACCCGAUUAUGUUGUGAAGCGACCGGGAGACGCGAAACCGAACGUCUCGGAGACCUUCGCCAACCAGACACUGGAUCACGGACUGAAGGCGAGUCACGAUUUGCAGAAUUGGAACGUGGGGGCGGACAUCGUGAAGCUUCAACAGAAGAUACCAACUGGACACGAUUCCCAUGCCGGUCAGACCAACGUGAGACUGAUCGAGUACAAGAACAGCACUGUAUCUCGUCCGCCUGCGAACAGUCGUCCAAUCGUUCGUCCGGAGCACGGCACGAGGGUGCACCCGGAGUAUCCUCAUAUCCUGACGAAGCCGAAGCCCAAGGUGCCAGAACCGGUGAUCGUCUCGAGCAGCACGGCGGGACUGGAGAUGCAUGGUCGCCCGAGCAUCAAGUUCUCCAUGCCGGUGGAGGCAACGGGUGAGGAAGUGGACAGCAAGACACAGACCGAGAGACCACCGAGUAUGUUGGUCACGAAGAAUAAUAUGCCGCACAAUAAGAAGAACGACGAGAUUCUGGACUCAGCGUACCAGACGAACUUCGCCUCUACAGAGAGCAAGAACAAGAUGGAGGUUAAGACGAGGCCGAUCAAUCUCAAGGAAAUGAACAUCCCCUCCAGGAACAUGAUGCCGCCGCCCUUGAACGUCGGAUUGAGCCAGGCCAACGAGCAGGAAGGGCUGAAACCUCCGCCACCGCCGUCGAGCGACGUGGUCGGACUGUCGCCACCGCCGGUGGACAUCACCACCACUCACAUACCGAUGGAGGACCGAUUCGCUCUAAUGACGACCGACGAGUCCGGCUUGAAGCCGCCGAAGUAUGUGCUCCUGAAAGAAUCAAUCAGCACGGUAGCACCGCGUCUACCCAGCACGAGCAUGGUGCCACCCAACCCGAGACCGUCGCUCACCAAACCAUUCCUCGUAGAACUGCUGUCCCAGGACAUGGUACCACCACCGCCAAUAUUGACGACGACCAGGCCGCUCGAGAUCGCUACUGUGAGACCAGCCGUCGCGGUCUCUGGCUCCAUACAGAUAGCCACCGCGGUCGCGACGUCUCAUAUUCCAGUAGUGCAGGACAUCGAGUCGAAGAUACCGAUUAUCCACGGCACUGUCGACCUACCAGUCGUCGUCGAUGUGCCCGAUAUUCUCAAAUCUGCGGAGACACGAAUGACCGAACACGUCAGCAUCUACACCGUGCGGCCUUUCGAUACAAAACUAGUGUCCAGGAUACCCAUUCAAACGACAUCGACGCUCUCAACAAAUCUGGUAAUACCAACGAGGCUGCGAUCACCUCAAGUAAAUAACAUCCAACCGAGCAGAUCGUCGACGAUCCACCGCGAGGUGGAUCCCACGAAGACGCAUAUGAUGGACAUCCCUCCGAACCCUGUCAAACGACCGGAACACCCGAUAUUCUUGGAGUCCAGCUACAAAAGCGUCCCACCGUCCACCGCGAGAGUGGAACCUACGGAAUCGUUAAAAACCGUCGCGGAAACGAGCCGGCAGAAGCAACAACAUCCGACCGUAUCGAAAACGGAUGUGAUCAGGACGCAGAAACCGCAAACGAUUCAAUAUAGUGCUACAGUGAACGAAACGAUGAGCCAAGAACAGCCUAUAAUAGUUACCAGAGUUGACAGUUCGAUCACUAAAGUGACCAACACGGUGUUACCGGUGCCGAACAAUAAGGCGGGUUCCAAGCCUACCGAUUCGACCACUCAUUUCACCAAGAACGUUGUGAAGACUACAAGCAGCGUAGCUAAGGACGAAUCUAACGCUACCGUACGGACGAAGCCAAAGGAGGUGACGCGAUUCAUGACGUCGACAGUGACGAGAACGAAGACAUCGGUGCUGGGCUCGCCGCCGACAACGAGAACGCUUCUGCUCACGCACACGAUCACCACCACGACGGUGGAGACGGUGACGGAGACGCUGCUGCGCCCGACAAGCGUCGUUUCUACGGUGACCUCGACGAUCUUACAACCGAUCGUCACCAGGAUACCGUCGUCGUACGACAACGCAGUGGACAACGACUCUAUAUUCGUCGUGAUGAGUGACCAGAAACCGCCGGCACCCGGCGCGGAAGAGGUGGAGGCUGAAUACGGAGAGGAAGUCUCCCGCGAUGAGCAAGACCCAACCGGCAACGAAGUGCACAGAGUGCUCGCGGGUGGAGUUUUAGGCGCUCCAGUGGUGCCCCUUACACCCGUUACGAACCAAUGCACACCGGAAUGCAAAUCGUCCAAGUCCGAGAUAUGCGCUGAAGUGGGAACCGAGAUGAGAUGCGUGUGUCGGCCAGGAUUCGCGAGGAUGUUCCCGGAUCGCCCUUGCAAACCGACCUACACGUACACCCUGCGCGUCGGCCUGGACCGUAUCGGUCACGAGUCCGUGGCGUACGAAACCGCUCUGAACGACUCCACAUCGACGAUGUACAAACGCUUAGCGGUUUCGACGAAAGACGCUCUGGACAGGACUCUGAUGCAGAGCGACCUGCGGGACGUGUACAGAGGGCUGAAGAUCGCCGGAUUCAUCCCGGAUCCUACGAAAGUCGAGUUCCAUGUGCAGUUAAGCGAUAACGCCAAUGAGACCAGACUCAAAGAGAUCCUGAGAAAAUAUCUGGUCGGAAGCAAUUACAGCUUAGGCGGUACGGAGGUGUACGCUUCGAAGAAUCUCGACAUGAUCGAAGCGGUCGACUUCGACGAAUGCGCUUCCAAGGAAGGUGGGCCGCAUCACGACUGCUCGCCUCACGCGGCAUGCUUCAACUUACGAGGAUCAUACCAGUGCUCCUGCAUGGAAGGCUGGGCCGAUCUGUCGGAAAAUUCGGCGUAUCCCGGAAGAGUGUGCUCGCAGGCACCGUUAGGAUGCGCCGGUUGUAACAACAAAGGUCACUGCGUCACCAACUCCUUCGGCCAAGAGGUGUGCGAAUGCUUCCCCUGGCACAGCGGCCAACGUUGCCAAGUUAAUCUCAAAGUUCUGCUGAUAGCUCUGGUGACGACCGGAGCGAUCCUGUUGGGUCUCUUGGCGGUUUGCGUGGGGAUGGCGUGCUUCCGGCAGCCGGGACGCGACCGGAAGACCGGCGACCGGCGAGCGAUGAUUCCCGGGGCCGGCGGUGACACCAGCAGCGAAGGUAGCGUCACCGACUUGGCGAUACCGCAUCACGUGCCGCACGUUCUACCGCCGCCGCCGCAGAUGAUAGCACCGUUGCCGCCGACGAAUAAGCGGCCGAUUCGCAAGAUCAGUGGGAAACUUCGCCAUCCGCCGAGGAAAGCCACGAUGGUACCAGCUGCUGCGAUACCGGUUAACGACGAUCAGCGCGAUCGCUCGUUGACGGUGAUGAUACCACGAGCGAAAUACCGAUCGGCACCGCAGUCGCCGCAGAAUUACAAAGCCUGCAUGAGCACUUUCGCCGCCGAGGAGCACAAGCUCAUCAAUUACCUCGACAAUGGCGUGCACUCCUCGGCGAACAGGAAACAGAGUGUAUCCAGCGCGAAGGACUGCAAGGAGGCCGAACUGCAAGGUGCGCGAAACCCGGUGACGCCCACGGGCGCCCUCGUGAGCGCCGGUUUUCAGGUGUCGGCGACGGUGACCCGCACAGUCGACGCGGAGUCCACUCUGGCGCGAUCCUGCGGCGAGACCACCGUGGAGACGGCGACGAAGGUGCUGAGAAGCGGGGAUCUUCAGGUCGACUUCGACUCGACUCUGGCCCGAUCGUGCGGCGAAACGACCAUUCAAGCACCGACGAAGCUGCUGAGACUGGACCUGGGAGAAGCCGGCUCCACUUUGGCGAGAUCCUGCGGCGAGACGACGAUUCAACCGCCGACGAAAGUCGCCGCUGCGCGCAGGAACAGCGUCAAGGACACCAGGGACAGCGCCAGUGAAGGCCACACUAUGGCAGAGCGGGAUUUAGGCAGCACACUGAGACUCCCGGCACAGCAUCCGCCGUUGUACAGUCCGGACAGGACCAGCGAUCGGGAAUCCAACUUCGAUUCGCUCUAGACGCUCAAAACGAGAACGAGUCACGACGUAUGAGAAGAUUGAUCGCGGACGAAGCCGCUGGACGGUAUCCUCCGUGGACUUACAAAUUACCACCCAAAUAUCGAUCCGAAAUUUGCGAUUAUAACGUGAAAAGGGAAAAAAGCGAAAAAAAGAACGAAAGACUGACACUCCCGUCGUCUGCACUUAUUUAUUAUUAGAACGCGAUCGCGCCGUGCUUUAUCAUUUUCCACCUCCUCGGCGCCGUAACGAAACACCGACUUGUAUGGUUACUUAUGAGCAAUAAUUUCACAUCGUUCGGUGCCGGGAAUCGUCGAGAGAUUAUCGACGCUCCUCUUUUCAUUCGUGGAAUCUCCCCGAGGAUUCGUGAUUCGCACGAUCACAGACGAUCAAUCGUAUCUUGCGCAUAACUUCGUCCCGAAGCGAAGGAUGAGCGCGCGUGACUCAAUUCCGUGCCAAAAUACAACCAAUGAAAUAGGGAAGGCUCCUCGGAGGAAGAAGCUCUUCCUCGUCUUCCUGUACGAUACUUCGAUACGUCGCAGCCUCGCCAUGCGCGUGCACGCAUGGCGCAACAGUGUCAUAAAAUGUUGGGGAUGGCGUCAUGUUGUUGCGCACGAGCAGCACGACGAGGAAGCUCGAUGCUCCCGCAUCGGCCGUAAGAAGAGAAUAUAUUUUAUUAUUGUUGUUAUUGUUUGUUUAUUUAGUCUAUUUGUCGACGAGUCACGUCAUGUUGCCCGGCUUCGUGUUGCGAGGCUCCGUUCUUCACGGAGCGGUCGAACUUGCUGUCGAGAACGACAAGGAGUGUCGUUCCGAGUGCAUUCGUUUUGAAUAACCCCACCUCAUGUUCCACACCUUCGACCUUUUUACCAGAAAGUGUUGUCUAAUUACGUAUCUCGUGUUCGGAAAAAUUGAAAGGAAAUAUUAACAGCGGCGAAAAUCCGCCGACGCAACGUCCGACUUAGAAAUCGAUGGUUCGGGAAAACGAGAGGAUAAAGAAACCGCGUAUUUCGACAUCCGACACUUCUUCGAGGGAAAAUACGUUCUCCUUUUAGACCAUUCGAGAGAACUGGGACGAAGCCGGAGCAACGUUGCUGUCUGUCAGACUCCAAGGAAGAGCAAACGAGACGCGUUUAAGCGAGCGGGACGCGCGCGAUGUAUGUAUUUUACGGUUAGCUCAGUUAGGUAGCGUAAACGGCAGCGCAACGAAGGGCAGGUGUAUACAUGCGUCAUGAUUCCUCCAUGAGUCUACGUUCAACCAAAAGAUUGUCCCGCCCGCGCGGGGUAAAUUAAGUUCUGCCGCGAUUUAAGAGACGACGAAGGCAACGAUGCUCGUAUCUCUAAAGUUAUAUUAUACUAACUCUGUCCUCCUUUACUACAUCCAAAUGAACCUUUCCCUUCCCAUUAUACCUUA